CAUCCUCACUCAUUCAGAAUUCCAUCCAUUUCUUCUAUACUAUUGCUAGCUAGCUAGUACUAGUAUAUAUUAAUUCUGCCUUUCUUUCUUAUUUCUGAUCAGGCAAAAUGCAAUACCAGACAGCUCAGUCAUGGGGUUCAUACGUGCCAGCGGCGGCAAAAGGUAGUGUCGCAGGUGACCCUCUGGAGCGCAUAGAGAAGCUGGCCUCGGAGAAUGCGGUGGUCAUCUUCAGCAUAAGUACCUGCUGCAUGUGCCAUGCCAUUAAGCGCCUAUUCUGCGGCAUGGGCGUUAACCCUACCGUCUAUGAGCUGGACGACGACCCCAGAGGGAAGGACAUGGAAAAGGCCCUCAUGCGCCUUCUCGGCACCUCCUCCGCCGUCCCCGUGGUCUUCAUCGGCGGCAAGAUGGUAGGCGCCAUGGACAGAGUCAUGGCUUCUCAUAUCAACGGCACUCUCGUGCCUCUGCUCAAGGAAGCAGGCGCUCUCUGGCUCUGACUCUGCUUUUACGACAAGAUCCAUGCCAGUACGUAAACAAAGUGCAAAACCAACAAAACAGAGUAAAGAAAAUGACUGAUCUAUAUAUAGGAGACUAAGGAUCGACGAUGCAGGGGAAGAGGAGUUGUGUUUUGUGGUUCCUCCUUUCCAUCUUGGGAACACUAAUUAAUGGUUAAUGUUUCUCAGUUUCUUGAAACUUUUUGCUUGUUUGUUUGUGCUGUUAAUUUCCUGUUUCCUGGUUUGGUUUGUGCUAAUUUCACU